GGUAUCUAUGAGCAUUCUCUUGUACCUCAUAAAAACACUCCAGUCGAACGACAAAUCGGAAGGUAUACGCUACUGGGUGUGAUUGUCUUCAAGAAUAGGUCUUCAACUAAGUUCAAGCGUCGCUCUGCGAGAUCCCUACGCGUCAUUCACUUUCGGUAUAUACUUAAGAUAUUAUCAUUGUUUGCCUUUCAUUCAAAAGUGGUUCAUUAUUGAGAGGCCGCGGAUUCUUGCUUGAGAGAUAAGAGACCACAAGCUUCUCGCGGCUUCCCCCGAUCUCUUUACACAACAACGACAACUGAUUCCUAACGGAAGAAGCGAGGAAAUUACUGAUCGUGUGUUUUUUUGUGUCGCCGGGUUUACAUCACAAGAGCUUAGCAUGACAAGCGCGCGCCCCCGAAGGACAUGAACGUGAAAAGUUCCUUUUAACUCGUCGCUAGCUUUUCAAGAGAUCAGCGUGAAGAGAAGGUCCCAAGAGAAUUGCCUGCUCUCUUUGUUCGGGAAUAUUGUUGAUGAUCGGAUAAUUUUUAUGUUGACCGCCCACAGCUCACAACAACUCUGCCCUCGGGCUGCUUCUUGUGUUAGUACGUGUGGUCUGAUCGAGCGUAGUGAAACCCUUGCAUCGGAGGACGACGCACGUAGAUCGAUUUUCCGCUCCACUUUAAAGAUUUCAGCCAAAGGUUUUGCGGAAAUCUUGACUGCAAGCGACGUGCUGACAGAAAUAUACCACGUCACUCUUCAUUAACACCAUUAUCUAGCCGAUUUUGAGCAUCAUACAGCGUUCUUUCUCUCGGCUUCACAUAACCGAGUCUAUUCCUGUCCGUGGACUGAUUAAACGAAGGAGUAACCUUUGUAUAGAUCUAUCUCAAGAUGUAUCGAACAGUACAGUUAAGGGAGCUGAAUACCUUCAUCACUUGUGGCAUAUGUGAUGGCUACCUGAUUGAUGCUACGACCAUUACGGAGUGUCUACACACGUGUGAGUAUGCGACCUUCAGUGGUGUUUCUCUGUUUAGAUUACCACAUAAAUCAGCCUUUUUCCUUUGAUAAGUGUUUAUGCCAUCUUCCGCUGUUUCAGCGCCAACAGUUUACCACUGGGCGAUGCGUUUAGGUAGAAGAACCAGUGAGAUCGGUCCGCAAGAGUUUUAGAGAGCUCUCCAUGCUAUAUUCAUGCUUACAGUGUUGAUAAUGCUUUUGAAUUUUACACAAAGGCCUUUAAAGAUUUAAAAUUUUCCCCGUCAACAGUCUCCUUGAAUGUGUGUCAUAACUUUCCUGUAAAUGCCGGUUAUGCUUUAUUUAUUAAACCGGCAGAAAGAAAACCUCACAUAUUGUAUCUCUCAUUCUGUUCGCCGGUCUUGGUACGGAGUCCUCAAGAUCUCUACAAACACUAUUGUUUGAUUUUUCGUUUGCCCAGUGAAUUUGGCAUUUUACUGUUUGGUUUAUUUCAUUGUCUACUGGGGUUGAUCGCCAAGAAAUUGUCGGGUACACUACGUGCGGUAACCAGAGGCUUCUAAGCGUUCCGCGGUUUAACCCGAGGUUUUAAACACAGACGGUGUGUGUACUGAUCUUUUAGCGCAAACGACGUGAGUCAAAAUCCAGCAGGCAAUGAGCUUGACAACAGAUGCAUUAUAACUAGACAGUUGCAGUUGUUUGAUCGGGGAUACUAUAAAUUUACUCUCUCGUACAAGUUUGAUGCUAAAAAUAUACCCCUGUGAGUGAGGCGUAGUCCGUUCCAUAGAUCGCUCUCAUCUUCAUCUCCCAAAGCCGUCUAAAAUCGCCUUGUUAAAAUUGUCUUAGAGGAGCGGCUUCGUGCUUGAGUUAAUUUGUAUUUAAAACCAGCACUUACUCAAAGAACGACACAACCCGCGAUCAAGGAAGCGAGGAAAGCUUACGGAAUCACUCUUGCCCUUUGCGACUUACCGUCAUAUGAACUGUUGAACUUAUUCAUUUCAUGAUUCAUGAUACAUGUAUAACAGUGUAUAUGCUUUGGCAAAGUGAUGUUUAUUGGGCUUGUUUGUGCUUUGGUUUGUUCAUAGUUUGUAGAAGCUGCAUUGUCAAGCGCUUGCAAGAAGACAAUGUCUGCCCAACCUGUAAAAUAGUCAUUCAUCACAGCUACCCCAUGAACUAUAUCAGGUGAGAUGUUUAUGAAGUAGUAGACACUUAUCGUGCUUCAAACUAGUGUAACAACAUGCAACAUUUUAUGUGGGCGAAAUACAGCUAAUGUAAGAAAAAUGCUCGAUGUGCGUGGGAUAGACUUUCACUGCCCUAGACAGUCGCCUUAAAUAGACACUAAUAGCUUAGAACUCAGCGAUUUCAAAAUCAAUACAUUUUCGUGAUUUUGUGACCGUUUCUUUACUUGAUAAUUAUUUUAAAUGAAUUUAAAAUUGAUUGGUUUUUUUAUGGAGAUUAACUCUCGGCGUAAACGAAUAGGAAUGAUUACAUAGGUUCCAAGUUUGCUGUGGGAUAAUUCUACCCCAAAUCCCCCGAAUAAAGUUCUUUCCAAAUCUUUAGUAGAUUACUAAACUUCCUCCUGCCCAAGGGUGCUCUUAUGUUUAAAAUAAUUCUAGACAACCUUUAUACAAAUGUCACGGCUCCAACUAUAAACAAUCUGCGUUGUAUUGCUGUAAAAUUUACCUUUUGUAAGCAAAUCAUGAAAACACAUUUCUGCCAUUAAGAGGUUAAGCCCACAAUUGCCGUUAUCAUAGACUAGAGGUAUAGCCCAAAGUUAACUACGAGUUUUAGAUACAAACAAUGGUAUUUUUUCUUAUUAACGUUUGAGAGAAAAUCGUGUGAUAUUAUUCUGGUCAAGACAAGGAUAUUCCAGUCCACUAAACGAAUUUAAGUGAAAUUUAAGCGUUUCAUAAACAACUGAUUCUACGUGAUUAUUUGUGUUGUUUCACCUCUCAUUAUUAGCUAUUAGUGCCAUCUUAAUUAUUGAUCUAUUUAUUUAUUUUCAUGCUAAAUUAGACUGGCUUUUGAAAUUUAAACUGCGUGGGAUUUUUUCUUGAAAAACGUGAUGGGUUCCCUUCGUUCUGAAGUCAUAGAAAUAUUGUUUAAUAUCUUGCAGUUCCGAUCGUACAAUGCAGGAAAUUGUAUACAAACUGGUACCAGGGUUACAAGAGCGUAAGUGUACUCAUUAAUGUAUGGCCGAUAAAAGAAGGUAGUAAAAAUUACUUGAGGAAUAUACUGAGACCAAAAAGGUGUCGGGUCUACUUCAAAGGGUUCCGCUGGCUUGAUAUUUUGAAGCAAAUCUUUCGUCAUCCUUUAUAUAUUUUAUUUUUCUGAAUGCAACAUAAGCUCUAGAGUCUCAUUUGCAGUAAUUUCGUCUUUGUUGCGUCGAAGAAUAAUGCUUAACCAUGCGGUACCACUGGACACGCUAUUUAGCUUAACAAAAACAGCUCUCAACAAUUCACUUGACGUUAAUGUUUUACCAGCGCUGCAGAGGCGAAAUGAUCAUAGGGCCCUUGCUGUAUCAAAACGUAAACAUAGAAAAUUCGUCUUCGAGGCGCGUGUUCAGCGUUGUAACAACAAAGUUCCUCCAGGUAUCACCUUCUUGAAAGCUUAAUGAUAUUUAUAGAUUUUUGCCCCUGGCUAUUAAACUCGUUAUCUCAGUAUAGGCUAAUACUGAUAACAAUACUUCAAUAGGUGUAGCUGCAAUAACGCAUAAAGGAAUCAAAAGAAUAUGUGUUGCAGCAAGGUUGUUAUGUUGCUCGUUCAUGCGUUUCAAAGGCGAUAAUCGCAACAUCAGUGGUCAAAGGCAUAUAAACAGUUUUCCUGCGGUUUGGGUUUACCGCGGGGGUUUUCCGUUUUGUUCCAGACGUUCCUAAUUUCAUUUACACGUGUACUUGAAGUGAUGAUUUAAUAUCUCUGAUACAAAACAUAUCCGAGGAGUAUUUGGUGCCAUAGUGGCCUAGAAUCUCGCUAGUCCUUUAGGACCUUAACCAAAACGAAACUCGGAUGAGUACCAAAACGCGAACAUGAACUAUUUUCGACUUAAAACCCAUAUGUUUUAAGUGUUGUUCUCUGUUAGAACUUUCUCGGAAUCAACUUGAUGUAGAUAAUUGCUGUGAAUCCAUUUUUUUCGCGGGGAGACAUCCGUCUUUCUCGAGUGGAAGACUUGAAUUUUUCUUAGGGAUUAUCCUGGGGGCUGUUGAGAUUUUAAUCUGUAAGCGCCGCAAAAUUCCUGCUCAGUUUUCGGAAUGGCAUAAGACCCUGGAAGUUUCGCAAAGACUCUUAGGCUUUCCUUGGUUUGGGGGAUGUGCAAGUUUAGCAGUGUAUGAUCACUUUCCCUAUUGAUCUGCUCGCCAUUUUAAGGAGAAAGUUAAGUAAUCUGAUCGAAUAAUACUGAUAACAAUGUUCAUGCCUUCUAAUUUCGUCUGCAGACUUUAAGUAAAGUUUGGUGUCUUUCAUUUCAUUUCAUUUCAUUUCAUAGCUCCGUUUUAGAAUUUUAGAAUUUUACUGUAGAUUCAGUAGUUGAAAACAACCUUCGUACUGUUCGUAAAACUGUCUAUUGCACAGCAGUGCAGGUAGGAGUCUAAAAUCAUUUCUUUUAAUAUUGCCUUGAGGGGUCAUUUGAACCGUUCGCCGUAAAAGCAAUUGCCAACAGACAAAUUUGCACGCCUUGAAAGGAAAACAAACUCCCAAUUUUGCAGUCAUUUUUGAAAGCCAUAUCUUCUUAUAUGUUCUCAGCGCACUGCGAAUGAACCCAGUAUAAAUGUUUCCUUUACGAGCUGUCAUUGUGGAUCGAAAAGGAUUUUUAUAACAUUGUACAUUGUACAUGUAAAUUUGUCCCCGGGGGCACUACCAUAUUUAGCCAACUAUAAUAUGUAGUGUGCUUUAUGAGGAGCUUAGUAUUUAUAAAAUUAUAUCAUCUCCUUUGUGCUCUUUUUAUAGGGUCACUUAAAACUCGCUGUGAAGAAUCUAUACUACUUUUUGACAAUCUACCAACAAUUAACUUUCACGUCAUCCACCUAUCUUAAACCAAACAUUAGUUGUAGUACCUCAGGAAAGUUUUUGCUCAAUUCCUUUAUUUUAAUUUUCUUCCCCGUUGCCUUAAAAGAAAUGAUUUCCAAAACAGGUUCUGGGCGGAUUUUUUAAGAGUCAUUGUGCCGCCAUGAUUUAAGACCGUAAUCCUUUGACUUCUAAUAGGAAUUUGCAUCUUAUUUCUCCCCAUAAUAGCCUUAAAUUUAACAUUAAGAUCGUUAGAGUAGAGGAAUUGACCUCUAAAGGUAAACUUUGAUGUCUGGGCUGAAGACAAAAGCUUCCUAUAGGUUUUUUUGGCAGAGUUAUAUUAGCCUUCGUGGCAGGCGUCCACAGGGAUGUCAUGGGUGGGGAGAGGGGGGAAAGAUGUCAACUGUAGGAGAAGACCCUAGGAAAGAGGUUGGAAAGAAGUCUGAGAGGAAGCGGGAGAAAAUGUCCCUCUUCUCCCCUCCUGGGGAAAAAAAAGUUUUCUAUGGGGUUUUUUGGGAGAGUUAUAUUUGGCCUUGUGGGCGGGGUGCACAGGGGGGUCAUGGGGGGGGAGGGGGGGGAAAAAAGUCAACAUGAGGGAAAAGCCCCAGGAAAAAGGUUGGGAAGAAAUUUGGGAGGAAGCGGGGGAAAAUGUCCCCCUUUCCCCCCCCAAGCCCCCCCCCCCCCCACCCCUUUCGACGCCUGCAAGGUAGACUGGACAAAAGGAAGUACGUUUGGAAGGGAAGAGAAGGAAUCCGUCUCCCUUUUCCAUUUUGACGUCUUUUCUCUCCCUCUUUGUUUUUGGUCAAACAGCAGUUAAAUUGUAACUUCCUUCAAAAAACAAGCCUUGAGAAGCAUCAGUUCAAUUGAUCUUUGUAAUAAUACAAACGGGGAUCGUACAAGUCUUAUCAUGGGUAUUGAAAAAUCAAGUUAAAGUUAAUAUUUAGUUUACCUUGCCAUGCUUGCUCAAAGUUUAAAUCCGAGGGCGAAAAAGACAGGACUAAGAUCAAUUUGCUAUUUUUUACCCAUAAUGUAUUUAUGAAACCAGUGCAACCUUAACACAGAUGUCCUUACUUGACGGCAAACUAUAGAGCGAACAAAGUGGUCUUUUGGGCGACCCUCCCAUCCGGCGACAGCAUACCGUUAUUCAAUGUCAUCCUGUAUUUUUCGCGAAACGAAAGAACUCGCGAGUUCUGUAAUCUGUGAUCUUGUACUCAAACAUUUUUUUCUUUCAAAUUGAACUGAGGACUGUUAAUUUAGAAAACACUGAAACCUAGAAGAUGUCUGAACAAUGUAGUUAAUACAGGAGUUACUGAGUUAAUAUCAUUAUGAAGUCCUUGAGCGACAGAGUUUGUUUACCAAGCCGAGCUUACAACACGUCGCGAGUUUUAAAAUUUCCACAAAAAUCAAAGACUUCCGGAUUUUAUUAAUUUUAAUAUUCUUCUGAAUUUAAUGGUAUGUGAGAGCAAAGCUGAGUGCGGGAUCAGUAUUUAGAAUGGCGAAAACAACGCUGUGUUCACAAAUUUUAUCGACUCAUUCUUUUGUUAAUGUGUUCGCUUGGUAGGUGAACUUCAAAGGCAAAAAGAAUUUGAAGUAGCCAUGUUUAUGUACCGCACAGGAGAACAACAAAACGCCUUCAAUGCCAUGAAUUCAACGAAAACGAUCGGUAAGAUACAUUUCAUAUAUUAGGUCCCUUGGAAAGUAACGGACGUCUUUCUCUAGCCUGCAGGACCGUUCACCACUUACCAGCCUGCGUGGCACCCCUUUCGGCGCAUACUAGCCACUCACAAUUCCCAAAUUUAGGGCUUACUUGCAGGGCAACUUACCCCGCCCCCCCCUCCCCCACCCUUUCCCAACCAAAUUUUCCCUUGGAUAAAUCAUUGGUUGACACUACACUGCGUAAGUUAUGGACUGUGAGCAGUCUGUUAUUUUUCUACUCAUAUGAGCACAGCAUUCGUCGCCGAUGACAGGUUAUGACUUAGAAUUACAAGGUGGUUAUCAGUGCAGUGUGGAUGUGUUACCCACUGCAAUUAGUCACAUUAAGAAAAACCUACUGUCAGGGGCACCCAAUGGAUCUGUUCCUCAAAAUAUCUGUUCUUCAGGCACAUUUUUGCUGGCUGGGAGAUGUGGAAGAAAUAAUAGUCCUUGUAAGGAAAGUGUUGCUGGGAAAAAGAUAAUUCAGGGUGUCAGAGGGGAUUUGAAGUCUAGAAUAGCUGCUACGGGUUACUUGUAUGGGUUACUUACCACUCAAGAUCUGAAUUGUGCCCUAUGAAACUUCCCAGUAAGUCAGGUUGCAGGUUGUAAGGUUGCUGGCUGGGACGGCUCUUCCAUCAGUCUUGCUGGGAGUGAGGAACAGAUAAUUUUUUUCCAGCAAUCUCCCAAAAUGCUUAAAAUAGUCUCAGAAAACUUUAUGCACGCUUUGUUGUUGUUUUUAGGUCUUUUUCUCAAAAUUCCCUGUUGGGUGCCCCUGUACUGUGACGCUCGCCGUCUCUGUCGUGUACAAAUCUAAAUGUUUGUCUUGCUAUACUUAACGUUGAAGCUGGCACACACUUAAGAUCACUUUUAAAAGUUGCCGCUUGUGAACGCCAUUCCUGCGAGUUUUUCUCUUUCUUUUUAUCAAGGUUAACAUCGCGAAAAGUUAACAUCUCUUUUUUCUGUUUUCAAGUGUUUAGAUUUGUUAUCAUUUAGAUAAGGUCUCGCUACAAUCCCGGGGGCGGGGGGAGCGCCGCCCGAAAGGGGUACCUUUUUCAGGCUUUAGUUUUAUGAAAGGGUAGGGAUUUCACUAGUUGCAGUAUUCGACAGGAUAGGGAAAUGUAACAUUUCGGUAUGUAAAAGGACCUUAAGGGCUAACAGAAGUUUUUUGAGGCUGUGAAAAAAGCCGAAAAAAUUUUUCCGCUUUUGUGUUUUAUUCAUAUUUAAAAGACGGUGUAUUGACGGUAGUUAAAAGGGGUGCAAAGUUGUAAACUAGAUAUAUAAAAGGGGUACCUUUUCUGCCAGAAAUGGUAUAUAAAAGGGUAAGAGUUUGGACCUCGGGGAUCCCCACUGGGGUUACCAUAGUAUCACUGAACCCCUUUUACUUCCAGGGAAUCGGACAGGUAUUUAACUUCUUUUGGUGCUUUUUGAACAACCGGGGCCUGCUUUUUAACACUUAGGGACCGGGCAGAAAGAUUUUGCCUCAUUUCCUCCGACUUUCAUCCAGGAAGUGCUUUUUUUUUUCUAAUUGGCUCUUUUUUUAUUUUUUCCUUUGGAGCUUAAAGAGAAACGUAGCAGUUUACUAUUCAUGAGUUCUGAGCUAUUUUCACAAACAUGCUCUUGUCUUUGUGCUAGAAAUCAUGAGAAAUACUCGAAGUUUUGUUGACUUAAGGUGAUGUUACACAAGACGAUUCGCAACGACGAUUUUAAGCGAAACAGUGCGUGGCAAUGUUGGAACAAUGUUGCAACUGUUCGAAACUUCGUCGCAACAAUAUUGUAAUGCUGUGUUGCGUUACAAAUAGUCGUUGAGAAUCGUUCCGUGUAACAUCACCUUUACUAACCACUGUAACGUUGAAAACUGCUUUUUAACCCUUUAAGUCCCAAGCGCAUCAAUCUUCUCCCAACAGCAUUGAUACACAAUCAAGACUAAAAGGUUAUGAGAAUUAAUAAAAUGAUCACGAAAGACGCUAUUAAAACGUGACGUUUCGGCGACUACAUUAUCAAAUGCAAAUGAAAGAGGCACGAGCCGCCACCUCCAUCUUCGCAUUGACGAGCACAGAUACUCCGCAAUUGGCAAACACCUCAAAGAAAAACCUCAACAAGAGCCAACUAAUCCCGAGAACGUUUUAAGAUCCUUAAGAAAUGCCGAGGAAAAAUUGAAUGCCUCAUUUAUGAGAUAUUGUUGUAAGGAAAGAGACCAAUCUUAAACACUCAUUACCGAAUCCAUUGCAGCAAAACUUUUCACUAUUCAUUCUUUUGUUCUUCAAAUUUAAUGUUGUGUUUCACACCUUCGUUUCCUAUAAAUAUCCUUUCAUAGUCCCUUUCAUUUCCAUUUAAUAAUGGUGACAUGUCGUCGCCGAAACGUCAUGUUUUAAGAGCGUCGCUUUUUAUCCUAAAAUAAAUGAUCACGAAGGGAGAAAUGCUCUAAUCUUUUAUCAAAUUCUCCCAACUGAUUGUGUGAAGAAAUGCACAGGGAUCAGUGAGGAGAAUUCGUAUGCAGAUAUUAGGACUUAGGGUUAACGUUAUUUGUGUAACUCGAUUUUAAACAGCUAACAAUACCUCACCAUCAUCAUCAAAUACGUCAAACGAGAAAGAGGAGGAGAAUCAAGACUAUCACCGUGGAGACGAGCAAGUGGCAAUAUGCAUGGAAUGUUACCGGUGCGUUGUCUCUUUACAAUUUUUUCUGCUCAUGAAGUACGAACUGCGUAAUCCAAGUCAAUAUUGGAGGGUCCUCAAGAACAAACUUAUUAAAGCUAACAAAUCCCUACUUAUCCUUAGAAGGCUGCGCAAAGAGGGGUACAAUCAGUCAGAAAUAGACCUUCCCUUUAAUACAUUGGUCUUACCUAAUAGUAGUUAUGCAUUAUUUGUCUGUGCUGCUUCCGAUACCGAUCUUACACUUGUGCAGUGUUUCUUGGACCGCUGUUUUAAGAGGAAAUACACGUCUAAGCCUGUAAGUGUAUGUCAUUUCUUAGAGAGGCGAAAUCGCAAAAUUUUUGGAAAAGUUACAAACUCUGCAGGACAUCCACUCUUAUCUAUAAUGCCUCUUACCGUCCAGGUACCAUCUUAGGAAAGAAACUUGUUAUAAACCUAAGAUUAAUACUAUGCGUUUUAAUAACUCUUUGUUAACCGUUUAGUUUUUAGAUACGAAUUAGCUAGGUAAUAUACUAGAUUUUGAUUCUUACUUUUUACCUUUUUAUACUUCUUACUAGAUGUAAAAUUUCUUAAAUACACUUGUAACAGGAGAUAGUAUGUAUUUUUGUCUUUUGACUAAUAAUAAUAGUAUUAUUAUUAUUAUUAUUAUUAUUAUUACUAUUAUUAUUAUUAUUAUUAUUAUUAUUAUUAUUAUUAUUAUUACUAUUAUUAUUAUUGUUAUUAUUAUUUUUAUUAUUUCAAUAGGAUUCUUAAAAUUCAAUCCCGUCAUCCCGCCCAAAGUUUUCGCUCAAUCCCGAAAUCCGUAAUGGUUAUUUUGGGCAUCCCGCAUCCCGCAUCCCGUGAAGACUUUCAAUCCCGAAUCUCGCGCUCCAAUUUUUAUUUGCCAGUUACAAAUCCUGAAACCUAGCCUGCGUGGCAGGCGCAAAUUAUUCAAAUAAAGCAAAUCCCGCACCCCGAAAAACCUAUUGUGGACCCUCAUAUUGGUAGUUUUCUGUCUUUUACAUUGUACUUUUUGAACAGCUGGCUAAAACUGGAAAAGCGUCAACAUUUUCUGAAAUAUCAUUCUCUCUGUAAUUCUUCAUAGGGCCAAUGGAAAAUAUGCACUAAAGGUGAGACAUUUUACUUUCAUUCAUAUAUUUUAACUAAAUUCCAGGAGGCACCAAAGCUCGAAUUAAAGUUGUAUUAAGUUAAGACCUUUUUCGUUGAUUCGAUCCGUAGAAUGGAUCAAAAAGACUGCGGUGUAGGAUUCCGAGAUUCCUAGUAAAACUGGGACGUUUAAACAUCAUCUAGGACAGCUAAGGGAGCCUAAACGUUUCAGUACGUUUAUAACUCAUAGACUCUCGUGUUGAUUAUUUUCCGCAGCCAUUAACACGGAAAUACCUAAGAUUAUCAUCUCAAGCGACUGUGUUACAUCUUAAAAAAUUCCUUGCUAAGAAGUUGAGUCUUAAAGACCACAAAGAUGUAAGUAAUGGAUUGUUUUCUUGUCUUCGUUGGGUUCAAGUUAGUAUAGAUUUGUGAACAGUGAUUUUUUUCAAAGUAUCUGCGACUAAAUUGAGAAAACGACCGACAUUUCGCUACGCCAGCACUGGUUUCCCCGCAAAAUGACUUCUGAGGAAGGAGCCCAGAAAUUCCAUACUGAUGACGUGUCACUACCCAGAUCUUGGUAGUGUUUCUGAUUGGUCGUGCUGCGAGGGAAAUUUGGUCAGUCAAUCAAAAGCACUACCCAGAUUUGGAUAGUGUCACGUCAUCAGUAUGGAAUUUCUGCAGUCGCUCCUCAGACGUUAUUUCGCGGGCAAACCAUCAGUUACGUAGUGAAAUCACGGCUAUUUUCUCACGUACGCUAGCCUAAACUCUUCAAGAUUCCUUGUCAAAUUAUUAUUAAAAUCACUGAUGAGCAAGUGCUUUUCUUUUCCACCAACAAGUAAAACUCCUGCGAACCAAGAAAAGGUCUUCAAGUGACUUCUUGGAAGGUUUAUCUCAUGGCACCAUUGCCUCUCCUCGUCCUUUCAUCGUACUCAAAACAAUCGUACUGGUUUCAGUGCAUGGUUAAUUACUCCUUGACAAAACUCUAAUUUUUGUCCAAACUGCUUUCCAAGUGCCACUUAAGGUGCUGAUUUCUCUCUUUGUCGCCGCAAAGCUUAGAAUGAUACUGUCUUUUUGUCACAGAGGGACUUCGUUAAUCUUGUCUGGGUUUGUUUUUUAGGUGGAUAUUCUUUGUAAUGAAGAGAUCCUUGGCAAGGACCACACGCUUAAAUUCAUUUGCGUUACACGAUGGAGAUUUAAGGUAUGACCAUUUAUAGUAACAAAUGCUUAUUUUAGUUUUUUUCUGAAAAACUUUUUCCGCCAUUUGGCUUUGUAAACACGUACCAUUUUUCGGUAUACUAGUUGGGUCUAGGUAGAUAUGAACUGAUGUGAUAACUGUUUUCUUGUUUGUAGGGUUGCCCUCUAUUGCUCCACUACAGACCAAGUCUCAAGUUGUUCUAGUCAGUGUAAAUUGCAAAUAGUUAUUUAUCACAGCCGAGAAGGACUGGCUUGGAUGCACUAGCGGUCGAAAACAUCGCCCAGAAGAACGCACAAAGGAACAAUACACCAUCGGCGAUUAAAUAUAACAAGGAGCAGAGGUUUUCCUGCUGGUUGAAUGUUACAUUGAAAUCCAUAAUGGAUGAAAUUCGUAUCAUUGAUACAAAACUUUGAAGUAUUUUGCUUAGCUUUUGCAAAGUUCUGUCGUUUGACCGCGGUGAACGGGUGACGUCACAUGAAUGAAUAGGAACGAGGCUAAGGAACUGAGGAACGUCUGCAUGCAAGAAAACUUUUCAUUUACCUCUUAAUAUUAAUUGCUCGGUUAUCCUUUUUAAAGGCCUGGUAAGAGGAACGCGUUGAGGUCUACCAAUGGUUUACAGUUUUAAAGUUUGUUCUUUGUCCAUGCAGAGCGGGCAAUUGCUUUAAAAUUACGUUUCAUAUUUGCGCAGAGGUUUUAAAGAGCCAUAUUGUUGACGUUUCAUUCUCAGCUAAAAUGAAUAUGAUUCGUAGGGUUUAUAGGAAUAUAGUUUAAUCUUUGAGGACGCUAAAUAUUUAUUGU